AUGGCCACAUUAAGAACAGCCGCGCCGUCUAUAUCGACCAUCUUCCGAUUCUCCGCUCAACCUGCUGCCACUCGGCGAUGCGCACAUUGUUUAAAGGCGCAACGAUGUCCCUUCUCCUCCUUCAGACCCAAGGCCCAGUCGAGUAAGAGGCCUCUCAUGACCGAAUCAGCACAUCGGCCGCAAACGCUUGGACCCGAGAUGCCACCACCGAAAAAUAGCGGGUCGCCAGACACAAGCAUAUCGGCCGGCCAACAUCAGACAUGGCCUCCAACUGCGCCCUGGGAGCGGAAAGAUGGAGGGUCAAGAGUCAGUGAGCGGGAGGGCGAGGCACAAAAAAGCAAACCCACCGUGGCUUCAAUGACUGGCGCAGCAGCAGCGAAGCCAUCUACAACGCCUGAGGCAGCGGCGGCGAAGCCAAAGAAGAGCAAGCUCAGACCCAGGAAAGCGCCCAUCACAUUAACACCCAAGGCAAUUGAACAGCUACAAGCCCUGUUCGAUCAACCGGAGAGCAAGCUCAUUCGAGUGGGUGUGAAGAAUCGAGGUUGCAGCGGCUUGGCAUAUCAUCUCGAAUAUGUGGACAAGCCUGGAGCAUUCGACGAAACAGUGGAGCAGGACGGCGUUAAGGUGUUGAUUGACAGUAAAGCGCUAUUCAGCAUCAUUGGUAGCGAGAUGGACUGGCUUGAGGACAAGCUAAGUGCUCGCUUUAUCUUCAAAAAUCCGAACAUAAGUGAGUACUUCCGGCGUUUGAAUUUCCGCGUAAUUACUGACACUGUGUGCAGCGGAACAAUGCGGCUGCGGCGAAUCGUUCAGCAUUUCAUGA